AUGGCAAAAUGUAACCAAAAAGAUAUAAACUCAUUUAAACUCUCUAAACCAGCAUUAGAAAAAGUAUAAAAUGUUGAUGAAAUUUUAAAAAAACUUUGUGGAGAUAAUAUUCAAAAAGAAUUCUUAAAUCAAAAUGGACUUGAUUUUGUUUGCGAUUGGAUUAAAGAAAUCCCAAACGGACCUGAACCUCCUGUUUCUUUGAAGCUAAAGCUUCUAUAAUUUACUUUGGAUUUACCUGUUAAAAGAUAGCACUUAGAAGGGAUUAAAUUAGGAAAAGUGUUAUCAAAAAUGAAAAAUAAAUUAGUUGCCAAAUAAUAUAAAAAUGGAGUUAAAUAUUGA